AUGGAGAAGGGUUUCUCGUUGGUGCCGAAAGAAGAAGGAGAAGAUUACAGGAAUGAGAAAUCUUCAGAACAGACUAGUUCUUUGUCAACAGAGAUGAUGAAGAAGGUUAGCUCCAUGGCUGCUCCAAUGGUGGCUGUGGCUCUUUCUCAAUACCUUCUUCAAGUUAUCUCCAUUGUUAUGGCCGGUCACUUGGAUGAGCUCUCUCUCUCCGCCGUUGCCAUCGCCACUUCUCUUACCAAUGUCACUGGCUUCAGCCUCCUUUUUGGAUUGGCAGGUGCAUUAGAGACAUUGUGUGGUCAAGCUUUUGGAGCAGAGCAAUAUAGGCAAAUCGGUGCAUACACAUAUAGCUCAAUGCUCUGUCUUCUCUUGUUCUGUUUUCCAAUCUCACUUUUGUGGGUUUUCAUGGACAAACUCUUGGAGCUUUUCCAUCAAGAUCCACUCAUCUCUCAGUUAGCUUGUAGAUACUCAAUCUGGCUCAUCCCGGCUUUAUUCGGAUACGCUCUUCUUCAAUCUAUGGCUCGCUACUUCCAAUCACAAGGACUGGUUCUUCCUCUCUUCUUGAGCUCUCUUGGAGCUCUCUGUUUUCACAUUCCCUUUUCUUGGCUUCUUGUCUAUAAACUAAGAUUUGGAAUCGUUGGCGCCGCUUUGUCCAUUGGUUUUUCGUACUGGCUCAACGUAGUUCUGCUUUGGAGUUUCAUGAGAGACUCUGCUCUAUAUAGCGAAACCGCGAAUCUUCGGGUGCAAGAAAUCUUCUUGACCAUGAAGCAGUUCAUCGCCCUCGCGGUUCCAACUGCACUCAUGACUUGCCUUGAAUGGUGGUCGUUUGAGCUUCUAAUACUUAUGUCUGGACUCUUACCAAACUCAAAGCUUGAAACAUCGGUGUUAUCCAUUUGCCUAACAAUGUCGUCUAUGCAUUAUGUACUUGUGUAUGGAAUAGGAGCAGCCGCGAGCACACAUGUCUCAAACGAGUUAGGAGCUGGAAAGCCAAAGGGGGCUCGAGCCGCGGCUAAUUCUGCCCUUUUUCUCGGUGCUAUUGAUGCAGCCGUAGUGAGCAUUACUCUCUAUAGCUACCGAAGAAAUUGGGCUUACAUAUUCAGCAACGAGAGUGAAGUGGCUCACUAUGUAACUCAAAUCACACCCAUUCUCUGCUUAUCCAUUGCUGUUGACAGCAUUCUUGCCGUGCUCUCGGGGAUUGCUAGAGGAACAGGGUGGCAACAUAUUGGAGCUUAUGCAAACAUAGGAUCUUAUUAUCUCGCCGGGAUCCCGAUUGGUUCGAUUUUGUGUUUCGUUGUGAAAAUGAGAGGGAGAGGACUUUGGAUCGGUAUAGUGAUAGGCUCUACUCUCCAAACGAUUGUUCUUGGUCUUGUCACUUUCUUCACCAAUUGGGAACAAGAGGCAGCGAAGGCUAGGGACAGAGUAAUUGAAAUGACACCGCUACAAGGCAACCAAGAAACAAAAAGCAUACUAAAAGAGGAUGUACAGCUCAGCGACCGCCUCUUCUGGAUUCGUCCUUAUCCGCUACAAGCUCGCAUCCAGCUCAGCAACAUUCCUUUAGCUCCGUUAAGUUCCACUUAG